AUGGAUCGGUACGUAAGUCAUUAUAUCUCUUUAUUUGGAACAGUACGCCAGCGACUGGUGAUCGGAUCUUUACUUUUGUCUUAUUGACGAACGCAUAACGUAGUUGUAGAAAGUAAUUUUCUGGAAGCAAAACGACACUCUGGUCCAAUUUUAAACAAUUGUGCACACCUCUUAACACAUUUCACCAAACCUUGCUAUAAUGCAUCGCAGUUAGGGCAGUUCUAAAUAUUUGGCCGUAGUGCAGGAAGUUUGUGAACAAGACCUGUUCAGCAAUUUGCCUUAUUUAUAGCAAGUUAAUAAUCGUACCUUCGGCUGGGUUCAGAUCUUCAAGAACAUCAAACAGAGUUUCAUUGUGUUACUCUUAUGUCUGCAGUUAAAACCCUAUGCAUCAAAGGAUACUCAUUGUACCAAAGACCAAGUGUGUAAGCAGAUGGUUUUCUUUGAUUUUUUUAAUUGCAGAACGAUGUUGCGUGUUUUCAGAUUACAUCAUUGCGACUUUUGUACGUUUAUCGGUUUUAUAAAAGUGGUGGACAAAUCGUAUCAAAACAUUCCCAUAGAAAAAUGAGUGGGAUGACUCAACACACAUGAUUUCCGUCACAUAACAAUUCGAAUCCUUUCUCCGUGGCAUUAGGAACGUCAGUGUCUGGUGCACUUACGCCAGAUGUGCCUGCGGUACAGUUAUAUCUUGAAAAACAACAGUCCGUACGUUGUUUUUUUCCCACUAGGUAUGUCAUGCGCAGACCUAUUUUCCUUCAAAACAAAAGGUAAUUUCAUGAACAGUAGGAAUUAAUAUUUCACGUUGUACACAUUGGACGAUUGUUGAAUAGGCAUUCUCCUCAGUUAAUCUCGCAUUCUCAGGCUCUAAUAUAGCCAGUCAUUACACACCCACAGUGGAUUUCAUGUCAGGGUUUGUGCAUACUAACAAAACGGUUGACAUAUAGGCUCGUAUGGCAGUGGUUGCUUCGUGAGAUUGUCGGAUAUUCACUCUAAAAUAUCGAGGAAGAUAUACUAAAUGUGAUGGUGGGUCUGUGGAAUUCGUUCUAUGUUUAUUGACAUGUGUUAUUCAACUGAAACUCUAAGGGCAUUAUUUUCCUGGUUUACGUUUGAUUUACGAAAACAUAAUUAACCUCCUGGAAGAAUAUCUAUGGUCCGUAUGUAUGUCGAGAAUUGGAUGAGAAAUUCGUCAGACAAGGCAGACUUAAAUUCACUCUUGUUUACAUUUUAGUUGUUACCAAAUCAAACAAAGUAGCCUGGAAAUAGAGCAAUUUUCUGGUGACUUACUAGAUAAUUUCCACCAGAAACGGUCCACGGUGAAGGCACGCCUGACCACCACGGUAGUCACAUCCAAUUUUAGCAGGCGUUUUCGGAUAUUCACACCCACGUCAAUAUGUAGGUUGUCAGUGGCAGAACCAUUUACUGCGCAGGUCGCAUCAUCUCUGAUCGAAACCGCCCUCCAUAGUGAUUUUUCGCUAAAAUCCCUGUUUAAUGUUUGUUGUCGACCGCGGGGUGUGGUUGUACGCCUAGGCGUGGCUCCAGCCGUGCCAGUCACCUGCGCUCUCUUCCGCCUCCGGCCGUCUUGAAUAUAUCUUGACGUCAGAUUUACGUGGGGGGAGAGGGCGCAGUAGAUGCUGCGAAAAUCCACCGCCACUACAAAAGAACCUACGCCGUGCCCGCUCUCACCCUGGUGUGGAACACAUGGUGGGCAUUGUCAGCCACGAUGGUCGAAAUUUUAUUUUCUAGAGAUUUAAAUAAUUGCCCAGUCCUCUUUGGGAAGGGUGGGUAUGAGAACCGGCAAAGUUUGAAUAAAAAUUGGGCAAGGUUAAUUGCACACAUAUGUCAAGGUAGACCUAUAAUCCCGUAAGCGUGAUAUCCAUCUGACGAAUUUGAAGUAGACAGUUUAUAAUACUUAUCUUGGGCAGUCAGGUAGCUGAUUCAAAAUUGGUGGAGGGCCAACGUGACUGAAGGAUGGACAGUUACCGUGAGACAAAUUGAUUAAGCUCACAGAUCUCGAUCGGGACUUUGUAAAUCGGGCGGUUUAAACGCUGGGUUGCACUAAAACCCAUCUCUUGCUCCCCGUGGGUUUGAAUCCCACUGGGGUAUUGGGUCAGCCAAAUAUCAUUUUCUGUCAAAAAACAGCCCGGAUUUCUGGCGUUGUUAUACGAAUUAGAAGGUCAAAACGAAUGAUUAUUUUUCGUCAGAUUCUCGACCAAAGUCCAUUUCAACAACCCCACAGUAUGUCAUUAAAAGACCUCUGGGUGAAAUGCUAUUCUCUGCCUGCUCAAACACUUAUGUGCUUAACAGCCGAUCAAUUGGUGCUGACAAUUGUGUGUGACAAUUCGGCUGCAAUUAACGGCAAUCUCUUUUCGCUGCUGCUGAAUAUUUCGUAGUUUGUCCGUUUCUUUGUGUGCUAAGCCUUUCACUGGUCAAUUACAAUAAUACUACCCGGUGCAACCCCCUGGUAAUCACGGCUUUCAGAGAUAGCCAGGUUCGAUCGUUGACCUGCUCUAACACGGCCUUCCUUCGCACCGUAUCGUACAUUCCCAGUAUCCACUUCUGCUGCCUUAACUGGCCAACGUUUUACUUCCUGCGUGUAAUCCUAGUCUCGUCAAUUUUAACUUCGUCUGGGGGUCCACCCAGCUGCUUGACGUCCCUCAGGAGCGUCUUAGUGCAGACUUACCGCCAAAUACCGUACCAUUCCACUGCCGAACUGUGGUUAAUGCCGAAAAAGUCUCGUACCUAACUACCCCGAUGUUCUCCAGGAAGGCAAGGCAAAUCUUCAUUACACUCGAUAACGGUAGGUGGCGUCGUUCAAAGACGGAGCCUGUUCGAGUCGCUUUUUCGUUCUGCAGCGGCUGUACCUUGGAAAUAGGCUAAUCAGGAUAUAACAGCUUACCUAAAGUCAUACUCAUCCGUAUGUUGUCGAAGUAUGCGCAUCGUCAUUGUCUUCUUACAACGGCAUUUCACUUUCGUCGCCAGCAAUCCUUCCCCUUGGAAACAAUACACGAGAUCUGAACUACUCAUGGCAGCUUGGAUUGCAGUGUACUUUGUGCAUUUGGGAGUCUGCGGUUGUGCUUUACGAGGAACCUUGCUACAUUAUGGUAAAUAAGACAAACAACAGUAAAGGCCAUUAACUAUGUGAGACAACCGUUAAGGCGUCUACCUACCGGCACGAACUGUGCUUAAAACCAAGUCACCUGCGUCUUUUGCCGCCUUAAACAUCCUAAAACUUUGCACUUUAUUUCCCUGCGUUACAUACAGUUGCACAGAUUGGUAGGACGUAGACAGGCGCCUCGGACUUACCGUUUCCGUGGAGUUUUGGCCUGCUUAGUACCCUAUUUGCAUCCUUCAGCGGUAAGCGUCAUCGUUUUGGGAAUUGUCUUAAUGCACAAUUCGCGAACUGACCUUGACAAGCUGCGCCCACUUUUGAUUGGCUGUUAACUACGGGUCGUAUUUCGGCCUAUGCUCAACUACCCAUGGAAAUCCUCAAAUUUUUCGCUUUCCACUGUCAGUUUUUCCGCUUCCCGAGAUUGUUUGCAUUUAUUUGAAGUUCGUCUUGCUGCUCCCCGUUCGUUGUUUUAUUUUUUUCUUGCUUUCACAAUUCAACCCGCCCGUUCUAAGGCCUCAUUGGUAAAACCCCUUUUACCAACCGUUCCGUAAAACAGGUUAUUGGGGAAUAUUUUUCGCAGGUGUGCCUACCAACCCAUAUCCGACCCCAAAGUCUUUGGCACUUUUAAAAGGCCGCAUCUUGAAUAUGCUGUCCAGGCUUGGAGACAAUGUGCUAGAGAAGGUGCACUUGGCCUCCGGUGAUUGACUGCCUCAGAUUUUUGGGAGCGUAUGCGCUCUCAACACCUCCCUCCAUCCCAAGUCGUUCAGUACCGCUUUUGGCGUUGAUUGACCUACAUCGGCAGUGUUGAUCGGUGUGCGCACUUCGUUCGGCGUCUUAGUUAUCCAUGUCGCUGUGGAUACCCUGCCAGUAAACAAAACUGCGAUUUCAUAUGUGCGGCAUGAAAUUGGCGUAUGAACAAGUGCAUGAAACGUUUUUCGCAGUUUUCGGCCUACCAAAGAUUCGGCAGGAGAAAGGCCUACAGGCGACGCCGGGUUCGGUGUUGCCCUGUAGGAAAACAGGGAGGCCUGUCCUAUCUAGUCCGUGGCUCCCUCCACUCCCCCCCCCACGGUCUUUCAAGAGGGCACUCUUAAACGGGUCGACAAAAGGCUCCGCCUGACCGUUAGCCUAAAAGUGGUAGGACGGGGAGCGAAGAUGCUGAUGCUGUGUUGGCCGCAAAAAUCCUCAAUUGUCGGUGAUGUAACCUGGGAACCACUAUGCGAAAUAAGGACUGCCGGUAGGCCGUGCUUGCCAAUGAUGCGUCGUAGGAAGGAGAUAGUGGUAGAUGCGGUCGUUGGAUUCAGCGGAGCAAUCUCUGGCCGCUUCGAGUGGGAGUUAACCAAGAUUAGGUAGCAGGCUCCGUUAAGUAGGCCAGCAAAUCGAUAUGCACAGGUAACUAAGGCCUCUACAAUGGUUGCCAGGUCAUUAUUGGUUGACGAGUCGGAAUCCUUGUUGCUUGUUGGCUUCGGGUAAAGUGACGAACUAGAUCGUCGAUAUCGCUGUCGGCAGCCUGCCAGUAUGCAAAACCAGACUUGUAUCAGGAUGUGCCGCAUGAAAUUGGUGUAGUAGAGAAGGUCAAAGGGAAGAUGGAUUAACCACACGGCCCGCAAUCAUGAAGCGGGUAUCGACCUCUGACAGCGAUGCUCGGCACAGGAACAGUUGGUAAAGAGCUCCAGCGGUCUAAAGCAUUUGUCUUAUCAGGAGAGGCUGAAUUUGCUUGGCCUAUACCCUCUCUCUUAUAGACAAAGAAACUGCAGUCUACUGUGGACGUUCCGGAUUGUUCGCGGCCAGGGUUGCUCAUUAAGAGCAGAGGACUUCAUUGAGUUCGCCCGUACAAACCAACUACGCGGCCAUGCAUACAAAGUCGGGAAUGAGCGUAUGCGUUUAGACCGACGAAAGUUUUCAUUCAGCCAACGGGUUGUCAGGCCGUGGAACUAGCUUCCAAGCGAGAUGGUGACGCCUGACACAGUUUGUGUGUUUAAAAGAAAACUUGCUCGUCUAGUUUUCGACAGAAAUCGGCUUGAACAGCAUGACUAUGCGCAGCCAGUUUUGUAAAAUCUGUCAUAUACAAUCUUCCGCACUAAUUUACAGUGACCCUACACACUACCUUAUAAGUACGAUUAAAUUGUGACCCAAUCACAUUUUAAAUUCCUGCAAUUUUAUUUUUGAGUAUGAAUCUGCGAAAGCACUGUACAUAAAUAGGGUCAUCAAGCGCUCUGCCUGUAACCCUUCAAUAUAUACAUAUACAUAUACAAUGCUUGACCAGCAGGUCUGCACGCAGGUGAUGGCCGGUGGCGGACGAGAUCCUGUUCAGUAGUACGUCGGAUGUCCGCGGCAGUGAUUUCAGAUGAGAGGAGAAAGGGCGCCCGCCUGACCAAAGUCGGCAGUGAAGCAGUAACGAAUGUCGAAGUGGUAACCAAGAAGAAAGGUUGUCCAUGGCAAAAUUCGGCUGUCUGAAUAGACGGAAAUGCCCUUCUUCGUACCCAGAACUGACAGCAACGGUUUAUGAUCUGUAGACAACAUGAAGCAACGACCGUUCAGCAACUUGUCGAAGUCUAUUGACGGCAAACACAAGGGUUAGUGCCUCCUGUUCUGUUUGCCUCCAAUUCUUCUCCGAAUGAGUUAGUUUGCGAGAUGCAUGCAUGAGCAUCUUUUCAGACACGUCAGGAAAAGUAUGCGAGAUGACGGCACCAACUCCGUGGGUGGAAACAUCUGCAGCAACAACGGUCGGCAGUGUCGUGUGUUAGUGCAUGAGCAGCAGAUCUGUACUCAGUAUCGGCUUUAGCUGGACGAAGGCAUUUUCGCAGUCGGAAGACCAGCACAAGGGAGCAUCCUUUUGCAGCAAACUGUUGAGGGGGGGCGAAAUUCACGCAGUGAUACCAGGAAGCCGCUUUAUUAGCUGAUCAUGUGGAAUAAUAUACAGAAGGUACAAGUCCCACUUUCGCCAAAUACUUCAGUGCAGCCUCGAGAGUUGGUAAAGCUGCAUAUGGGACCAGUUGAUUUGGAUGAAAGACUGGUUUGCUUCCAGGUAUCAGAUGCAGCACGCCUGGAAUAUAUGUUCAACGAUACAGGCCGUCCCUAAACACUGAAACAAACUUUUAAAGGAUGUCCCUGGCACUGCGGGAAUCUGCAGCAGAUUGCAAACAACGCAAAGUGACAUAUUGGCCAAACAAAGUUGUUCAAUCCAGUCAAGACAAAGUAGGUUCGGGUCAGACUUGGUUACGUAGCAGAUCGCGGUGAUGCUGGUACCGCGAAACGAGACACAGCAUUAGAUGGGCUAGACCACCGCACGCGCUUGUGGCGGACUGGGAAGUCUGCUGUACCGUGGGGUUGCCAAAGGAUUUUCAGUGUCUCACAGAGAUUAUGAUGAUGAUGAUGAUGAUGAUGAUGAUGAUGAUGAUGAUGAUGAUGAUGAUGAUGAUGAUGAUGAUGAUGAUGAUGAUGAUGAUGAUGAUGAUGAUGAUGAUGAUGAUGAUGAUGAUGAUGAUGAUGAGGAUGAUGAUGAUGAUGAUGAUGAUGAUGAUGAUGAUGUCUGGGGCAGUGUCCAACUGUAG